AUGCUUCCCUCAUCCCUCAAGAGCAUCUAUCGCCAGUACAAGGCCGACACGGACUCUGUAGCCACAUGGUUAGCGACGACUGCCAAGGCUAAUGGAUACGUCGACGACACCGGCAAUGCACUAGUUGCUGCUGGAUCGGAGGGCAAGAAGAAAAAGAAGAAGAAAAAGAAGAAGAAGAAGAAGAAGAAGAAGAAGAAGAAGAAGAAGGCCAACGCCAACUCGGUACCUAAGCCUAGAUAUGUCCUGAGGGUCAGAGACUUUGAGCCCAUGGCGAGAUUCAUCGCCAAGCUCGAGUCCAUCAGCAUUCCUGAAGAUUUCGCCAUCGCUCUUGAGCGAGUCAUUUGGGCUUUCAAGGCUCCUGAACCAAAGACUACUGCCACGGCUGAGGAUCCUCUCAGGAACAUUUUUGGCGUUCUCGAGGUGUACACACCUUCCGAAGAGUUCUUGAACGCUCCAGCGGCUGCUGUUCCCAAGCCUACGCCCGACGUCAAGUACACCGUCGAGGAGGACGACACCUUGGGAGAUGCACUGUUUGCUCUCAUCUCUCUCCUGGAUGACUUUACCCGUCUGCGCGAGGAGGUCAGGUCACUGUGGAAGCGCCACCUGGAGGGAUCUCUUGAUCUCGCUGCUGCCGCUGUCGCGACAAACACGGCGUUUGAGCUCGCUCGCAGUAUGGAGGAUGAAGUGAAGCCACUAUUUGACAAGCACGGUGGUGUGGAUGAGCUCAUCACGGUAUACUUUACAGGAAUCUGCGAAGCGUGUGGUGUUGACGCGGAGAUAAGGGGGGGUCAAGGGGAGCUUUACAACCUGGCGGCGUACGAUUUGGCCAAGGCCUGCUUCGCAAACGGCAUAAGAAUGCUCAGAAGCUAUGCGGUCAGCAACGCUGGUGACAACAUCAUCAGCAAGUACAACGGCAAGUUUGGAUGGUACGACGAGACCCUAGCGGGCUCUGCCUCGACAAACCGCGGAAAGUGGGAUCAGGACUUUACGGCGUUCAACGGAGUCAUCACAGAGCUACAGUUCCUCUCCUCCAACAUGGGACAGGGGGCGAGGAUCGAAGACGAAUUAAUCCGUGAUGUGGGAGCGCUGAUGAACAGCACCGAACAAGGUGGCCAGCCUGAUAUGAGUCUCUGGCUGUCGUUUGCCAUGCAAACGUACAUCGAGGUGCUGCAGUCUUUCGGGAAGAACUGCGGUGAUGCCUAUGAACAGAUGCAGCAGGAAUGCCGCAGGAUCAAAAAGACCAUGCUCCAAGUCCCUCGCACGUCGAAAGAUCGAGACAGCGUCCUCAACUCCGUCACCAAAUGGGACAAGGACCCGAUCUGGCAUUACCGCCACAAGAUGAUUAGGCUAGGCGCCAUGCCCAGGCCCAACCCCCCUCAGUUCCAGUUCCUACGUCGAAACCCGAUCCACUGCGGUCUCCUCCUCCACGAGAUACGCACCAAUUUCCACAUCUCGGGUGUGCGGUAUGCGGCACACAGCGGAGGGUUGAUGGUGACUACCCAGCUGUAUCACGCUCUCCAUAAUGGGAAGCUGCUUCCAGAAGACGUCGUGUGGGAAGACCUCGACGAGUUUUGGAAGAGACAGGGAAACUCGGCCUUCUUUGUCGGAGAUCCCCCCACGGACCGUGAGGGCUACUUUAGGAACUACUGUCUCAGCAUUGGCAUGUCGGCCAGCAACUGGGCGCCUACCAAGAGACAGGGCAAGGUCAACGUCAACACGGCAAACCGCCGCAACCUCAAGUUCAACGAAUGGGUGUCUCUGACGAUGAAGAACCGGCUUGUACCUGCUGGAGAGCGUCCCCCUCUGUCGGCCGACAUGAUUGAAGGGAUCCUGCUCGACGGUCGCCGACAUGAGAUCAUGGACGGCAAGGGACAUGUCCGACCAGAGCUCAAAGAAAAGACCGAGGAGGACAAGGUCGACUUCAUCAACCUCUCGCCGGCCGGCCUCAUCGAGAAGCUUGCCUUGGACGUGCACGACGAUGUACCCAAGAUCACCUUUGACCUCUUUACCCUCCACAACACAGCCUGGAACCUCCUGACCAAGCUCAAGGCCGAGUUCGCCAAGAUCAUGGGCCCCGAAUUCCUCAAGUACGUCCCAAGAGAAGAACUCCUGCCUUACGUAGCAGGUUACGUCUUUUCUACCGCCGCAGGACGUCAAGACAUAGAAACAAGGACCGAAUCAGUGGACAUCCUAAUCAAAGCCGCUGGAAGGUUUGUCGAGGGAUUCCUGGCAAAUGGAAAGGGACGGGUUGUCAAGGAGGGCAGCAAGGCGACGGUCAGGCCCCAAGAAGUGUCCAAUAUACAGUUCAACGCGACUGAGCCUUGGGGGCUGGACCAGCUCAUGUCGGAACUUCAGAGGGAGGCAGGGAGGUUGGGCAGGGGAGGUCGUGGAGAAGAGUGUCCUGUGCAGUGA